AUGAGCUGGCUCAGUUCGCUCGCCGGCUCGGUCGCCAACACCGUCAUUUCGGCCUCGGCUUCGGCGCUCAGUGGGGGGAACAACGUGCCCGGUCUGCCCGGAUACACCCUCGGCGACAAGCUGUACCACUUUGACCGCCGGAGCAUUUGGACCGUAUCGAAUGCGACCAAAAAGGUGCGUACGCUCACAACCCACCCUUCACCUUGAUCGUCGUCGGCGCACGCGCACGCACACCGCGUCGAGCCAUCCAACACGUCAUGGCGAGCGCCUCAGCGCAGCAUGCGACUGAUGCACCCACCCCCCUUUCGUCUCGGCAGGACGACUCGUCUUCCGUCACCGUCUUUUCCUUCGACCUCAACGCACCUCAGCAACCCAACCAAGGUGCAGCCGGCUCCUCCAAUGACCGUAAAGCCCAACUCGUCCUGGCCAAGAACGCGCUCCGCAAACUCCGCGCCCUGCGACACCCACACAUCCUCAAGUUCCUCGAUGGCGUAGACACCGAUACGACCGUAUGGAUCGUCACCGAACCCGUGCGCUCUCUCUCCCUCGAACUUGAUAGCGCUGGAACACCCUUGGCCGAGGAAUCCAAAGUCUACGGACUCUUGCACCUCGUCACCGCGCUCGCCUUCCUCAACAAGGAUGGCGCGAGCAUACACGGCAACAUCAGACCCGAGAGCGUGUGGAUCACACAGGGUGGGGAGUGGAAGUUGGGUGGCAUGGAAUUGACCACGCGCAAGGACGACGACUCGGGCGUCAUUUGGGUAAGUUCUGGCCUCAGCCUUGGGGCGGGAAAGACUCGACGCUGAUGCGGACCUUGCCUUGCUCUCAGAACUAUGCCGGUCUUUUACCCGACGCGAGGAGCUACACAUCGCCCGAGGUUCGAAAGGGUGGAUGGACAGCUUUAAAAGAGUCAGUGCAACCUCCACCCGUUGACAGCAAUCAGCUUACCCAAGCGAUCCCUCCAACCCCUUCAGACACGAAGCCUCGGCCCUCGACUCGUACCAACUCUACCUCCUCAUCUUCGUCAUUUUCAACGGCGCCCUGCCCCCAACCUUCUCCUCCUCCUCCUCACCCCCCACCCUCCCCGGUACCCGUGGCCAAACCCCCCAAAACAUCUACACCACCUGGCGACGGCUCGGCAACCCCAACCCCAAAGCCCGCCUUCGCACCGACCUCUUCCUCGAACUCGGCAUCGGUUCCGAAUCGGGGACACCCGGAUGGUGGCCUUCGAAUCGACUCGUCAAACUCUCCGCUGCACUCGAAGGCUUCUCCCUCGCUUCCGAGGCGGAAAAGAUGGAGUUGUUGAAGAUGCUCAAAACCGUCAGUGACGCCAACGCCACCGCCGCAGCCGGUUCGACCAAGAAACGAGCGAGCAACGCUUUACCCGACGAAUUCCUCAAAUACAAAGUACUCUCUUCGCUCGUCAGGACUUUCGAAUUCGGUGGAGGAGGUCCGGCGUUGUUGCCCAUCAUUUUGAACCUCGCUUCGGGGCUGUCGGAACAGGAGUACGCACAGAGCAUCAUUCAACCGCUCGUGAGGAUGUUUGCGACGCCUGAUCGAGCGACGAGGAUGGCGCUAUUGGAGGGACUGGACAAGUUCGCGGACAAGUUGUCCAACAAGGAUGUGACGGAAAAGAUUUGGCCCCAUUUGGUGGGUCCCGCAAGGUCCGAGAGAUCUCGUGAAGGAGAGUUGCUGACACCUCGAAUUCUCUAUGUACCAGCUCUCGGGUUUUGGAGAUGUUGUUCCCGUCAUUCGAGAAGCGACGGUCAAGUCGGUCUUGCUGAUCGCACCCAAGGUGUUUUAGAACCGAGUGUCGUCGAGGUCGAAAGGUGUCCUGACUAAAAUCUGGGUACGACGCUCACAGCUUUCGGACCGAAUCCUCAACAACGACCUCCUUCGACUUUUAGCACGCUCGCAAACCGAUCCCGAGCCAGGUAUUCGCACCAAUACCUGCAUCCUUCUCGGUCGACUCUCUCGCCAUCUCCAACCUUCCAUGAACCGCAAAGUGCUCGUGCCCGCCUUUGCCCGCGCCCUCCGAGAUCCCUUCAUCCACGCUCGUAUCGCCGGUUUGAUGGCCUUGAUGGCCACCGCAGACGUGUACGAGAAGGAAGAUCUAGCCGGCAAAGUCAUUCCCGCCAUGUCGAUCUGCCUCAUCGAUCGAGAGAAAGCCGUUCGUGAUCAAGGGUACAAAGCGAUCGAAUUGUUCAUCAAAAAGUGCGAGCAGUUGACGAUCAACAUGCCCGAGACGGCGGCGACGGUCGAUGAAAAUGGGAACCCCAUCAUUCCUGGUGGGGUUGCAGGCGCAGGAGCGGCUUCGGCAACUUCGACGACGAUGGCGAUGAAAGCUGCUAAUGCGACUCAACCUGGACUUGCGACCAAUGCUGCUGGAGCGGCGGGGGCGUUGGCAGGCUGGGCCUUUGCGAGCGUUUCGAAAAAGUUGUCGUCGGCCGAAGCGGCGGCACACAUGUCGGCCGGUCCUUCGAUUCCAGCCUCGGCGAUCUUACCCCCCGUAGCAUCGCCACCUAAACCUGCUGGUCGAGCGACGAACGGCCAUGGCCCCCAAUCAUCGAUCCAUCGACCAUUCCAAAGCUCCUCCCUCGCUCUUCCGGGAGGUUUCGACGAAGACGACGAAGAAGACGAAGACGAAGACGGGAGUGCCGGUCCCGAAGAUUGGGGUCAAGACCUAAUGGACGUCAACGCCGAUGAAGACGAUUGGGACCAAUUCGAAUCUGGUUCUUCAGCACCUCGCAAAGUCGAUCCUUUAGCCGCUCGAUUAUCUUCCACCAAACCCAAACCGUUCAAAUUGGGCGGCAGUAGUGCGAACAAGGCUUCCAAGAUGCCGAUGAUGGACUUUGACGCUGCUGCUGAAGCGUGGGAUACGGAAGAGGCCUCGGGCUUUGGGGGGAUGAAUAAACCGGCUUCGUUGGCGAGCGUGAGGAAACCGCCACCGAAUUUGAUGGCUUCGGCUGUACCGGCGGGUCCGAAACAGGUUGUCUCGCUCGCUCCGAGACCGACGCGAACACCAAUUGCGGUCAAUACAUCACCUAGGAAACCUAUCCGACUUCUCGUCGGCAAUACAGCGGCUAGUCGAACGCCCAUGUCCCCACCCCGACCCUCGAACAGCUCCGUCGAAUCUUCGCCUAGGACACGCCAACUCUCCACACCUCAAUCACCUCCACCUCCGCCACCUGCACCCAAUCCUUUCGCGGAUAUCAUCUCUUCACCCCAACCACGCGUCUUCAGUCCUCCCCCUCCUGCACCGGUCCUUCCCGAAUUCGAUUCCGAUCCUAUCCCUUCACCACGCGUAGCGAGUCCUCCGUUACGGACUGGAUCGCCUGCAAUCUCAGUGGUCUCGACGUCGAACGAGACGAUUAAAUCGAACGAAGGAGAAGCUGUAGGUACAGGGGCGACGGUGUGGAUGACGAAGGAGGAGAAGAUGGCGCAUGCGAGGGAACAGAGGAGGUUGAGGAUGGCCCAGGCCAAGGCGAGGGCUAAGUAA